AUGGCGACCAGUUACAAAGUCCCGGCGGUCGUGGACCUGAGGCACCACUACAUCAACGGCGAGUACGUGCCGUCGAGCGAGCCCGCGACACUCACCCUCCUCAACCCUACCGACGGGUCCGUCGUGACCGAGCACAUCCCCGUCGCCGGGCGCGACGACGUCGACCGCGCCGUCAAGCACGCCGAGGCCGCCUUCAACGGCGAAUGGAGCCGCAUCACGUCGCUGCAGCGUAGCCAGCUCAUCAACCGGCUGGCCGACCUGGUGGAGGAGCAUCUCGAGGACAUCCUGCGGCUGGACUCGCUGUCGUCGGGCGUGCCCAUCUCGUUGAUCCCGAAGCGUGAAAAGAAUUACAUUGUGAACACGUUGCGGUAUUUUGCCGGCUGGUGCGAUAAACAGAACGGCGACUAUUUCCCUGCCGACGACGGCUUCGUUAAACUGGUCCGCCAUGAACCUCUGGGUGUCUGCGUGGGCAUCUGCCCGUUCAACGGCCCCGUCUCGACCAUGAUCCUCAAGGUCGGCCCAGCCCUCGCGACCGGCAACGUCAUCAUCAUAAAACCGUCCGAGAAGACACCCCUCGGCCCGCUCGCCAUAGCGCCCCUGUUCAAACUCGCCGGCAUCCCCGAUGGCGUCGUCCAGGUCCUCACCGGUCCUGGCAGCACCGGCGCCCUCUUGGCCGCCCACAUGCGUGUCCGCAAGGUCUCGUUCACGGGGUCGGUCCCCACGGGGAAAAAGAUCCAGAUCUUGGCUGCUGAGAGUAAUCUGAAAAGAGUGACUUUGGAGUUGGGAGGCAAAAGCCCCGCCGUGGUCUUUGGAGACGCCAACAUCGACAAUGCUGUCACGUGGACCAGCAACGGUAUCCUUACCCGCACGGGCCAAAUGUGCGUCGCGGCGUCGAGGGUGUACGUGCAAAAGUCCGUGGCCGAAGAGUUCACCCAGAAAUACGUGCAGAGGCUGAAGGACGCGGUCAAGGACUUUGGCGAUCCUCAGGACCCGGAUGUCUCAUACGGACCACUGGUUGAUGACAUUGCCUUUACACGCGUCAAGAAGAUGAUUGAGCGGGGCAAGGAUGAGGCACGCCUGGUCGUGGGUGGAAACACGCUGUCAAACACGGGUUGUUUCAUCGAGCCGACCGUCUUUGUCGACCCCAAACCCGACGCGCAGGUCCUACGCGAGGAAGUCUUUGGCCCCGUCGCCGUGGUCCAGACAUUUGAGACCGAAGACGAGGUCGUCAACCUGGCCAACGACACCGAGUAUGGCUUGAUGGCAGGCGUCUUCACCACAGAUAUUAACCGGGCACUUCGGGUGUCGGCCAAAAUCGAUUCGGGCGUCGUCGGCAUCAACUGCGUCAGUGUGAUGAAUUUACAAGUCCCCUUUGGCGGCAAGAAGGCUUCUGGCAUUGGCAGAGAGUUUGGUUCCUACGUGCUUCGAGCUUAUACCGAACCGAAGACCAUCAUUAUUAAUAUGAAUCUCCCGUAA